GAGGCGUUGCUUGCGCGAUCGUUGUCAUAUACUGAGUUUCUCAUGCACAACUCAAUGGAAAGCUAUAUGUGAGAGAAAGGAAGAAAACGUUUCAUUUCGCUGUGACUGGACUGAUCGAAGACGGACGGAUAACGGCACCAGUGCAAGAAUGGGUCCAUCUGACAUAACACCUUCAACGGUUAAUAAUACACAAGUGUGUGCAUCAAUCGAUGACUUCCGUAACCAAGUCUAUUCAACGGUAUAUUCUAUAAUCACCGUUUUAGGGCUGAUGGGCAAUGGCUUCGCUUUGUAUGUGCUCCUUCGUACCUACCGUCAGAAAUCAUCUUUCCACAUCUACAUGCUCAACUUGGCUGUGUCAGACCUGUUGUGUGUUAGCACUCUGCCACUACGGGUGCUUUACUACGUCAACAAAGGGCAGUGGAACCUGGGGGACUUUCUCUGCCGUUUGAGUUCCUAUGCACUGUAUGUCAAUCUCUACUGCAGCGUCUUCUUCAUGAUGGCCAUGAGUUUUACUCGCUUUCUAGCAAUUGUGUUCCCGGUGCAGAACCUGAGGCUAGCCACCGAGAAGAAGGCAUGGAUAGUUUGUGUGUGCAUUUGGGUCUUCAUUUGCACCACCAGUUCACCCUUCCUCCUUUCCGGACAGCAUACUGAUCCAAAGUCUAACAAAACCAAGUGUUUUGAACCACCAGAAACGCCCAAAAGCCUGGAUAAACUUAUCAUGCUGAAUUACUUUUCCCUGGUUGUGGGUUUUAUUAUUCCCUUCCUGGUCAUCUUGCUAUGCUACGCUGGCAUCUUGCGCACUCUACUUAGAAACACUAACAGUGCUAACAAGCAGCGUUACACACGUAACAAAGCCAUUCGGAUGAUUGUUGUGGUGAUGCUGGCUUUCUUGGUUAGUUUCAUGCCCUAUCAUGUACAACGCACAGUGCAUCUCCACUUUAAAAACCGUGAAAAUGCUAACUGCAAAGAUACUAUCUACAUGCAGAAGUCUGUGGUCAUCACUCUCUGCCUCGCUGCUGCUAACUCAUGCUUUGACCCAAUGCUCUACUUUUUCUCUGGAGAGAACUUUCGUCAUCGACUAUCCACCUUCCGAAGGGUUUCUGGAAACUUCAUUGGAACUCGCAAAGGCUGCCGUGCCGUCCAAAGCUCCCCACCUGUGGAGGAGAGUGAAUUGCAAAACUGCAAUGGUUCAGACAAACUUGGGUAGAGGCAAUGGAAAUGCUGAAUCUGUCAAGGCAAAAGCAUAUUUAUUGAGACAAAAUAAGUUAUUCAUUCAAAGUAGUAUUAAGAAAAAAUAAUAAGAAGAAGAGGUUCUUCUGUACUACAUUUGAGCAUUAAGACUGUUAAACGGAACUCUAGAUAUUGUGCAUGGUUCUGAUUACAAGCAAGAAAAUAUACAUUCCAAAAUUUUUUAGAAUACAUUUGCCAUUAAAAACAUACACUAGAAAUAUAGACAUUUUUAAAACACACAUCUCGUAAUACGUAUAACUGAACCCCAUAGUAAGUGUUUAUUGGAUUAACUAUCUGUAUUUGUUAAUUAUUGAUUUCAGAAGACACAUUAACACAAACAUCAUAUAAACAGACUGCAUUCUGCAUACUGUAUUCAUUGUGAAAUAUAUUCUUAAAGUAGCGUUUUUGGGAUGUAUCAGUGUAAAUACAAAAUUAAAUUUCUUGUAAAAUCUGUAUCUUUUAAACAGAUGUAAAUGUCAGACAAAGCUCUGCAGAAAAAGUGCAAGAAGCGCGAGAGGCCAGAAUCAGCACUUCAAGGACCAUAAAAUGGGAGACACUGUCAAUGUGGCACCAGCAGGUCUGGGCUACAACUGAUUACUCCUCCAUAGACAAUCAUAUAAUUUAGGAAAAUGUCCUGUUACAUUGUCAUUUUUAGGCAGUCAACCCAAGACAAAUGUGUCUGAAGACAUGACAAACUGACUACUUCUUUAAGUCAAAAAGGAAGUUGAUUCCCCUCAUCACAUAGAGCUUGACCACCUUUUGAUCUUUCUGACCUUGAACACAGGACUGAAUUCCUCUUCAAACUACUCUCCAAGUAGCAUAGUGACUACCUUUACAUAUCUAAAUGCACCAGCUCAUUCCAAACAAUAUUAAGAGGUCUUACAUUUAAACACAAUUGAAUUGCAUAAUUCUAUGUUAUAUGUGUAACACACGUUUGACUUUCAUGUUUCAAUCACUCACUGUUCAUUCCAUUACUUUGACUAAUUUUGAAUAGUGUUUAACAGAGGUCUUUAACCCUGCCCACUCUCUUGCUAAGUUUAUUAAUAACCUGCUUCAAAACAAUGUAAUUUUCAAGUGGUCCUGAGGAGAUUUAUUAGUUGGUUCAGGUGUAUUUAAUAAGGGUUUGAGCUAAACUCUACAGCACUGUGGAUCUCCAAGAUGUGAUGUUUGGAAAGUGUGUGAAUUUCCCCAAAUGUUACUAAUUUCUCUGUAAAAUGGGUCAUUUUCUCAUUACAGAAUUCAUGACUUAAUUCUACACUGCAAAAGCAGGAAAAUUAGCAGCCACAUAACUGAGAAGAUAGUAGUUCGAACUGCGUGGCACUUUGCAGACCAAUCGGUGUGUGACUUCAAAGUACCGCUCUCUUAUCACUCUUGUGGUAUUUGAUGAUGAAGAGCAGCUGCGCUUCAAGCCGAAUGUGCCUAAUGAAUAGUACCUCAACAAAUGACAUCAGAAAAGCCUCAGGUCAUUAUAUGGUCUAUUACUGAACCGAUACUGAAUUGUCCUCAUCAGCAUCGCUAUGCAUUGUAGAAAUUUGGACACCCCUGCCUAACAUGUCUAAUAAUGUGAGUGGAGAAGAUCAUAGUUAAACCCUGUCAACCAGCAGAGUUUUAAAACUCAUGACAUGAAUGAGUAAUCAGUAUAGUCAGAGAAACCAAAUCUAGUCUGAGUCUCAACUAGCACAAAAUUCAGCAUCAUCAGCCAUCCAUUCUAGUCUCAUUUUACUCUACUUUCAUUUACUUUAGUUUAUUUUCCUUUCUGAGCCUUGUUUUCCAAGUUAGGUUAUGUUGUCUUUCCUCACCUCAAACUUAAACCUCCCUAUGAGACUGAGUCAUCGUCCAUGACUUCCCAAGACUUUACUCCAGAUGUGACCAAAACCUCCAACAAAUGAGCAAACCUGGGAAACCCCUUUCACAGAAUGAUUUAACAAAAGGGUAUCCACAUUCAAAGUUCCACCCCAUAAUAUGUAAAUAUUGAAUUCAUAUUGUAGCUGAACUGGUGUAUUGAUAUAAGGUUUCAUAGACUCAUUGAUAACUCAAUGACAGGGCUAAAAUAAUGAUGGAAGGUUCAUUCGGGUUAGGUCUAAGAAACUGCAUGUUGCUAGAAAGUUAGGAUUUCAUUCUUUCACUUCCCUCAAAGCCAUCCUUUCUUUCUUUCUAUAUUUGUGAAUGCAUGUGU